CAGGACACCUUAUACUUAGAGGGGUCCUUCAACCUGCAAAACAACGUGGACGCGUUUCUUCCAGGACAGGAUGGGUCGCUCGUCCAAAGACAAGCGGGACAUUUACUACCGUCUGGCCAAAGAGGAGGGAUGGAGAGCCAGGAGUGCCUUCAAGCUGCUGCAGCUGGACGAAGAGUUCAACCUGUUUACAGGCGUGAACAGAGCUGUGGAUCUUUGUGCCGCUCCUGGCAGCUGGAGUCAGGUACUCAGUCGAAAACUCAGGGGUCGUGAGGAGAAAUGUGAAGAGGUGAAGAUUGUGGCAGUGGACCUGCAGGCCAUGGCUCCUCUCCCAGGAGUCACACAGAUUCAAGGAGACAUCACCAAGGUGUCGACGGCUGAGGAGAUCAUUCGUCACUUUGAGGGUCAGCCGGCUGACCUGCUGGUGUGUGACGGCGCUCCAGACGUGACGGGGCUCCAUGACGUGGACGAGUACAUCCAAGCUCAGCUGCUGUUGGCUGCACUCAACAUCACCACUCACGUCCUCAAACCAGGAGGAACAUUUGUGGCCAAGAUCUUCCGAGGGAAAGACGUGACUCUGCUGUACUCGCAGUUAAAAAUCUUCUUCAGCGCCGUGACGUGCGCCAAGCCUCGAAGCAGCAGGAACUCCAGCAUUGAAGCGUUUGUGGUGUGCCAGAAUUACCGUCCCCCAGAAGGUUACACCCCCAACAUGUCCAACCCCCUGCUGGACCACUCCUACGAUGUGGACUUCAACCAGUUACAAGGUCCAAACCGCGUGAUUGUACCUUUCCUGGCAUGCGGAGACCUGAGCGCCUUUGACUCCGACAGAACAUACCCUCUGCAGCUGGAUGCUGGCAAAGAGUACCAGUACACGCCCCCCGCCCAGCCGCCCAUCAGCCCCCCAUAUCAGCAGGCCUGCCACCUGCGCAAAAACAACCUGCUGUCCAGGGAGGAUUGUCCAUCAGUGUGUCCCAACCAGACUGGAGACGAGGCUGACCCGGCUAGGUCUUAAUGCAUACUUGCCAACCCUCCCGAAUUUUCCGGGAGACUCCCGAAAUUCAGCACCUCUCCCGUAAACCUCCCGGGACAAAUAUUCUCCCGAAAAUCUCCCGAUUUUCAGCCGGAGCUGGAGGCCACGCCCCCUCCAGCUCCAUGCGACCUGAGUGAGGACAGCAUUUUUUCAUGAUGGGAGGACAAUAGGGUGACAAGAACUAAAUCAUCCAGACGACAGAUAAACUGUAUUAUUAUGUUUAUCUUACCUAAAAAUAAAUAUAUAUAUUAAUUAAAAAAAAUAAAAACAUUUUUUACUAUAUUUUGCUAAAAACAUCAAAAUUAAUUAUAUUUUUAUUUGUAUUUUUUCUGACUCCUUAUUACACUCAGCCAUAGAAUUAAUUAUACAUUAAAAUAAACAUAUUUGAAAUAGUUAAUUUUAAAUGAUCAUAAUAAUUCAUUUAAAAUGACCAUAUUUAAUUAUUAAAAUAAUUGCUUGUUUAUCAACAACUUUAACAUUUUAUUCAUUACAUUUUGAAGCUCUCAGAAGCCAAGUUAUGUUAUAUUCCUUAAUAUUUAUUUAUGCAAGUUUGAAGUAUCAAUUAUCUAAACACAGUUUUGUUUGCAUAUUUUCAGGAUGUGUAUAUAUAUAUAUAUAUGAAUAUAUGUCUAAAUAAGGUUAUCCAAAAAAUAGUGCUCGAUUCCGUAGUAGAGCGCAAUAUAUGUAUG